GAAAAGUGGUGAGUCUUAUAAACACAAUCAUCCCUGGUCAAUGUUGCAGUUCGUAAAUAUUCAGUUUUUUAGGUUCAGUUAUGGUUUGUUGUCGUGCAGUGGAGAAGCUGUCCCGGACCUGGUUUGCUUUAAUUCUAGCAUGCAUAUGCUAACAUGCUAGCAGUAACACCAGCUUCAGCGAUGGCUGCCAUCUACUCGGGUAUCCAUCUGAAACUGAAGAGUCCUCAGACUCCAUGGGAGGAUAAGUUAAAGCUUGCACGUUUUGCCUGGAUCUCUACUCAGUGCCUUCUGCCCAACAAGGAACAGGUGCUGUUGGACUGGUGCACACAUGCUCUGACAGGCUGGUACAAUAAGAAGGUUGAGUUUCCUGAGAAAGUUCUGGAGGGACUGUGGUGUUACCUCGAUGAUCUGCUUCACAGCCGCAAGCUCCACUCUCUUCUCAAGCAGGGCAAGGCUAUCAGCCUGAGGCUCAACAUGGCACAGUUGCUGCUUGACCGUCUCCAGGAGUGUACAUGUGUUGUCUCCAAGUCACCAGUGUGUGUCUCCACCAUACUGAGUGUGUGUCAGGGCCUUCUCUCUGCUCCGGCACUCUCAUCUGUUUUCACCACAAAGUAUGAACUCAUGGUCGACCUUUUGGCUAAGUUCUGCUUUUUGGCCUGUCGUGAGCUACAGCAGCCAUCGUCCACUGAACCUUUAAAGGCUGAGUCUGUCACAUGUCAGGAUGAGGAGAUGGCUGAGGGUCUGGGCAGUUCCCAGAUUGAGCUGAUCACAGAAACCCCUUCAGAUCAGAAACAGUUACAAUGUACUACCAAGCCAAUAGAGAACCUCCGCUCUGCUAAUCUAUUUGAGGUGUUGCUUCAGGUCUUAUCUUGUUAUUUGUCAGUUCAGCGACAACAAGCCAAUCCUAACAGAGUAUUCACCAUGGUAACCAACCAGCUGAUGCAGCCAUUAGUCCUGCUCAGACACCUGCUGACCUCAGGGGAGUUUUCAGCCUCUCACACACAUCUGGGUCUCCGCCAGCAGCUGAGUAGAGAUCUCCGUAUGAAGAUAGACUCCAUCCUUCUUUUGGCUCUCUUCCCCUCUGAACACCUUACCUCCUACAAGGAGGAGCUCUUCCCAUCCAAAGAGGAUUCAGGGAAACGUGGCCCCGGAGGAGCAAAAGGCCCUCUGAGGCCAGUCAGUGCAUUACUGCCCAAACUGAGCAGUCAGGGCUACUGUGAGUUUUCUUUACACUACUCAGUGAAGUCAAACACUCUGCCUCUGCUCUUUAAAUUCUUCCUGGAGAGCUAUGGAAAAGGAAGAGGAGACAGUCAGGAAGCGCAGAAUAUGCUGUGUUUCUAUUUCCUCACAAAGCUGGUCCCUGUCUUGGGUGUAGAUCUAAAUGGACAGUUGCUGUCACCUUCUAAAGCCAAGCAGCCGGAGCAGAAAUCCCUCCCAGCCUCACCCUGUUCCCCAGAGAGCUGGAGUCUGGCUCUGCUGGCUGUGGAGUCCCUGCUGAGCCAGGCUCUCUCUGUGGAUAUUUACAAUGUAGCAGCAGACAGAAUCCGACAUGGAGAGGUCCAGCUGAACUUUUACAGAGCCCUGUGUCAAACGCUCUUCAACCAGGCCCAGCCGCGCAUCCCAGCAUGGUACCGCUGUUUAAAGGUGCUAUUGAGUCUCAACCAUCUGAUUCUGGAGCCAGACCUGGACCAGCUGUUAUCCUCAGCCUGGGUUAACUCCGAAUGCAUGGAAGCACGAGUGCAACGAGCCAGACAGCUCCUGGUGUGCAGCCUCCUUGAGACUUACACCAAGCUCCGUCAGCUGCCUCGCCUCUUCUCCGAGCUCCUCUCUGUGAUCCAUCAGCCCGCCCUGGACGCCCUCCGCCCUACCCUGUUGUCUGAGGGCAUCUCUGCCUCCCUCAGGACUUGUCUUCUGGACACUCCCCCUUCACAGAGCCUCGAGAUCUGCUCAUUGGUGUUGGAGAGCAUCAGGAGAUAUAUUCUGCCUGACCUGGAGAAGGAGGACAGUGAAGCAGAGAAGAUGGAGGUGGAUGGGGGAUGUGAGGGUCAGAAGAUGAACCAGGAAAAGGAGGAUGCAUCUCUGAAGCUGAUCUCGCUCAGCCAGCUGCUUCAUGUCAUCAUGUUUAGUCUGAAGACUCUCGAUAACACCUCCCCUCUUCCUGUUGUGAAGAAGAGUCAGGGGCUGAUGGAGGAGAUGCAACAGAAUGUGAAUGAGCUGCUACAUCUUUUGUCAAAAGAGAAAAAGGGUACAAAAACAAACUUAAAUGUAGUUCAGAAGACCCCAAAGAAAGGCAAAAAGAACCAAAGAGAGUCUGAGAAGGUUGCAGAGUCUAAAAUAGUGGCAUCGUGGGAACAGAAGACCCAGGAGGCUGCUCUCCUCCUCAGAUACACCUGGGUGGAAGUGGACACACUUUUCUCUAUCUACUGUAGCAAAUAUAAAACCCUUGACUCAGCUCAAACACUGGCUCCAGGUGAGAAUGAAGCCCUAGAUUCAGCCUUGAAACCAACAGAGAGUCUUCUAUCUGGGGUGAUUUCUCCUGCACGUCUUGAAUCAUCCUGCAGUCCCACGAGCCGUCUGCUCUUCAAACUCCUCACUUUGCAACAGAUGAAAAGAGUUCUCCUAGAUCUCUCCUUGCUGUCUGAACCCAGAACUGCUGCUCUGCUAAACAAAGCUGCUCAGUUUAUUUUAGCUAAAUCCGAGUUGGAGGCGGGUCAGAGUGGAGAGCAGGUGUGGGAUGGGCAGAUAGGGGGUCUGAACGCAUGCUCCUACCCUGCUGCACACUGGUACUUUGUCACGUCUAACUUGCCUGUGAUAGCUCCCUAUCUGGAUACAGAAGACGUGGGCUGCAUGGCGGAUGUGCUUGUCAGUUCUCUCCUCAGCAGAGAGACAGAUGGAAGGAAGGACCCACGGCCCGGCUGUCUGGCCUUCUCCCUCAUUUCUUCUCAGCUUCUCGAGAGCACUGUUAUCACCGAGUUGCCUUCACUGUUCUCUGCCACGGUCACAUCCCUCAUGCAGAGGAUUAUUGGAGUUCUCAAGGCAGGACAUGUACCCAAGGUUAGUCUGGUGUUCUUGAAGUCAAAGGAGAAAGGAAGUCUGUCCAUGCUUGUGAAAAAAGAAGCUUUGGUUGAGGAUAUUUUGGCUAACUCAGAGUCCGGAGAGAUGCUUGUUUUGCUGACUGACACACAAAGGGAUGAGCUGGUAAACAUGCUCCAGAUCUUAACUAGACUAAACCCAGAUGGGAUGAACUCUGAGGAUCUCUCCUCUGUGUUCUUCCUCCUCCUCUUCAUGCUCACCUCCACCUCAAAGCAGGCGGAUCAGAAUGCUGUGGACCCUCUUGAACCUGGAGAUGCUCUUUUUCUAGUCAAACUGCUGAGCCUUAUGACUUGCCUCCUUGAGGGCAGAAAUUUCGAAAGCAUUUUGAAACUAAUCCAUGGUGGCACUCUGCUGCAAGCCGCUGUGUCCUCUCUUCUUUGGCAGAGCAACAACGGAAGAUUUAGAACCACAAGCAGCUCUGAUUGGUUGGAGUUUAUUAAAGCAGUGCAGAGCUUUGUGAGAAGCUUGGUCCAGUUGAUUAUCACAAGAAACAGCAGCGUCCGACUCAACCUGGAUCAGUUUGCCUCCUAUCUUACACAAAUUUCAAGCAAGCAAACAGCUGCUGAGUCAGGUAAACCAGAUCCAGCAUCUGUAUUGUCUGUCCAUCUCCAGCUGGCCUUGCUCACCUCCUUCUCCCAAGUGAUGACUUCUAACCUGGGCAGGAGUAAACCAAUGGAUCAAACUUUGACUCAGAUGCUAACAAGAAUGACCACAGUACUGGGACCAGCCGUUGAGUCUGUGUUGAAACCUCAGACCGUCAGUCAGUCGGCCUCCCAGCCGGUCAGCGCCCUCGGUCAGGCUUUCAUAGUUGAUGUAGUGACCAUCAUGCUGCAGAGUGAGCUUUCUGCACUUUCAGUGGAGGGAGAGGAGCAGCCCACCAUAAGUCACAUGUGUCUCUAUCGGAGCUUCUGCCAGCAGAUCCUCAAAGAGAUAAGUUCUGCUCACAGGCCCAUGGACUUCCUGGUUUCCUCUCUCCAUUUCCUGUCGGCUUUCUACACAGCAGCGAAGACGACCGUGGUGGAGGGAGAGGAGGAGAGAAAAAAGGAGUUGGAUGAGCUGUACAUGCAAAUGCUGCAGACUAUUUACAAGCUGUUAACAGCAUCUUGGCUGUCCUCAGAUGAUGUUUGUGAGCUGGAGCCCACUGUACAGGAGCUGCUGCGCCACCUGGUGGAGAAGAGCACCACAGGCCAGCUGAACCUGCUUCUGCUGCUGAUCAGAGAGGGACUGGACAUCAGCAAGCUGAGGGCAGGAAACUACAGGGAGGUUUUAUCUGCAGUCAUCAUCACUAAGCUGCUGUCCUGUUGUCUGUUACCGGAGCCCUGUUCUAAAGCGCUGUGGCUCGUUACCCCACAGAUUAUAUCUGCUAUGGUGUUCUUGGUGAGAUUCUCCAGUCAGGACAUUUCUGUCACCCUCCCCUUCACUGUUCCUACGGUGACAUCGAUGACAUCACUGCUGCGUCAGGGCGAGGGGCGCAUAACAAACCCUCACCACGUAAUCCUGGUCCUCGGGGCUCUUCAGUCUGUUCCCCUAGACCACUUGACCCCACUCGUCUACCAGUCAGUGUUCCUGGCUGUUCAUGAGGCGCUGUUUGCCAUCAUCCAGUGUCAUCCUCAGGUGAUGUUGACCGCAGCUCCAUCGUUUUUAAACAUCUUCCAUCGCCUGCUGGCAUCCAUCAUGCAGGAGGGUCGACAGAGAGGAGACAGUGACACAGGACCAGACAGCGCCGUGUAUCUGCAGUGCUCCAGAUUGAUAGAGAGGAUGUACUCUCACAUCACUGCCAUGUCUGAGAGCUUCACCACACUGUCAGCCUUCAUGGUGGCUCAGUACGUCACAGAGCUGCAGAAGGUUACUCUGCGGCCUGACAUCAAACAGCAUCUGACAGAGGGGAUCUAUCGGAUACUGGACCUGUGCAUGGAGCAGGAUAUCAAGUUUCUGACUACCGGACUGCAGAUGGGAGUGAGGGAGGUGUUCAAUGAGCUGUACAGCAGUUACACGCACUACCACAAAGCUCAGAGGCAGGGAGAGGACAAGUACACCGUUUGAACUGCUACGACGAGCACUGUCCACCUUCACCAUAGUUUUCAAUUGAAAUGGACAUUUUGCUAUGAAAAGACUGUUUAAAUGUGAUUUCUUAUCUGGAUAUUGGAGACUUGAGGUCACACAGCAACAAACUGCCACUUCAUCAUUUUGAGUUUAAUAAAUCAAGCUGUAAAUAGUUCAAAGGAUGAAGACAAUGUUGGCUUGAAUAGGAUUUGAACUAGGAUUAUAGGUAGUAAAAACUAAGUGGCCAUGCUUGAUAAGCAUAUAUAAAUUGUAUUUACAGUAACUCUUUGAUAUUUGUUGUCUGUAAAUAUAAAACUGUCUUCAGCUGAAUGACUGUGGUCACACCCUUCAGGAUAGACAUUCAGCUCCUGGCUGACUGGAGCUGUUUGUCAGGAGGCAAAAAGACUUCAGGGACCUAAGGAUGAAGUGUCAGCGCCUCAUUUGAUUUAAAGAAUGUGCUUCACAAAUUGCUAAAGAAAUAUGGAUAUUUUGUAUGUGUGAAAUAUAUUUUGAUUUUUA